UUAAAGGCAGUGGUUUCUGUAAGUUCCUCUUUCGACUUCAAUAUAACAGGCCCAAGUCCUUGCAAGCCCAACUACCAAUUGAUUUCGGGGCCCCAUAUUCACGUUGACACUAACAGAUCAGAGUCUUCUUUCUCAGUGGCCGGAAGCUUAGCUUCUGCCCUCGUCGUCGUCUUCUUCAAUUCAGGUUUCAUAUUCAACAGUUUGGUGAAAGUAUUACAGUAAUAAAUCAUAGUGAAGUAGUCGCCAGUCGAUCUGAAAAAUGGAGAACAACGACGUAUUAGGAUCAUCAACUGCACCAUUGACGUGGCAUGAUUUUCUUCAGCGCAUGCGUGAUCCAUCAGCCACCGAUUUCGUCAAAGGUAUCAAAAGUUUUAUUGUAUCAUUCUUGAAUAAUGCUCCAGACGCAGAGAGGGACAGUGCAGCUGUGCAGGAGUUCCUCGGAAAUAUGGAAACAGCAUUCAGAGCUCAUUCACUUUGGGCUGGAUGUUCUGAGGAGGAGUUAGAGAGUGCUGGUGAAGGACUUGAGAAGUAUGUUAUGACAAAGCUAUUUACACGUACAUUUGCUUCAUUUCCUGAAGAUGUGAAAGUUGACGAACAGCUUCAUGAGAAAAUAGCUUUGAUUCAACAAUUUGUUAGGCCUGAGAACUUGGAUAUCAAACCAGUAUUUGAAAAUGAAUCAUCAUGGUUGCUAGCGCAGAAGGAGCUUCAAAAGAUAAAUAUGUACAGGGCACCAAGGGACAAACUUGUGUGUAUUCUUAAUUGUUGCAAGGUUAUCAAUAACCUCUUGACUUCUGUUUCAGCAAACGAAAACCCUCCAGGAGCUGAUGAUUUUCUUCCAGUUCUCAUAUAUGUCACCAUAAAGGUAAGCUGGCUCAUUUGCAUUCAUGUGAUAUAUUAUUCUUCAGACCUGAUGGAUCCCUUAGGUUGUGAAUGAUGGUGUUUGGUAUGCUCCCAGAAAACUCAUCCAGAUGAACUUAAGCGAAAUAUGAAAUAAACUUUAAAAGAUAGUCUGCCUUUCCAUCGCCAAUGAUCUACAAAAAACAUGAAUAUGUUGCAGUAUUUUCUUCUGUCCUUCUGAGAAACAAAAUAAGUGUUGUUUAUUCUUUUCCUGCAAUGGGGAUAUUUUGGGGGAGCAUUAUCUUCUGUCCUACUCAGAACUGUUAAGGCUUCAAUUUAGCACGUGUUCAAUGUUUUUGCUUAGGCAUAUUAUCAUUUAUCAGAAUCUUCCUUUUAUAUUCCCUUUAUUUCUUCUCAUUUUCGGACAAAGUAUUGCCUUCUCUAUCAUGAUUAUCAGACGGAGGAUUUUCCAACUGCAUAUCAUCUUGAUAUUCAACUCCUUAACUCUUUGCUCACCUUCUGUGACUUCCAUGUGCUAGUCUACUGUAAUGAUUUCCCUAUAGGGCAGUUGAUUUCAGCAUUAGAGGCCUAACGGCACCGAGCAAGGUUUGCCUGGACAAUGGUCCAGCUUUGGUACAUCCUUAUAAAAAAUAAAAAAACAACAACUUUGGUACAUGUAUUGGGGAAAGGAUUGCUGGAAUGCUGGUACGACUAAUUAGUUUUGGAUUCUUUUGCCCAAGCUGACUAACAUGGGAGAUUGUAAUUCUCUCUGAUGAAUCAACAGUAGAAACUUUCUUAUUUGCUUAUGUUGGAAUUCAUGAAUUCAAAUGCAUCCGAAAGGGAGGCACCCAGAUUAGUGGCGGAAGAAUCCAUUAUUGCACCUUUCUCUUUCCUAUCAUUGUCACCCGCCUUUCAUCCCCCAAAUAGCUUGUAUGUUAUUUUUGAAUUGGGCUAACAUUAUAUGAAUUGUAACAUUAUAAUUCUCCCGCAGAAAUUUGAAGGGAAAAAAAGUGAACUUUAAUCUCAAUAAGAUUCUCGACAAAUCCUUGAAUUGAUGAAACAUGAGUGGGAUAUUCCCAGAUCCUCGCGCACACCGUCCUUCCAAAUCCCCACAGUAUAAUCUGAUUCACAGUCCUCCGUUUAUUUUUACUUUCACAAUCUCUUCUAUUAUCAUCUGAUGCUAUUUUUCUGUUAUCCCAUCUCUGUACCCAUGAUUACUAGUGUUGUAAAUGAGGUUUUAGUUCCUUGUCUAUUUAAUACUGAAGAAUGAUCGAAAUUCUUUCUGUUCCCGUUAUUCUAAUUGACCAAUUGUACAAUUCUUUUUUUGCCCUUGUACUCAGUUUUUAAAUUAGCUUUUAUUU